ACAAUAAAAAGGUAUAUUCAGCUUUUUCUUUAUUGAACAUGUGUGUAUCUGUAUAUACAGAUGUAAUUAUUUGCACCAAUUAUGUUAUUUUGAGCUUUCAAGAGAGAAGUUCCUGAAUUUGCAUUUCUUGGCUGUUUCCUGUUGACUUGGAUUUGGGGAAAGAUUCUUAAAUAAAAACUAUUUUGUGAUUGAAGUAAAAAUACCUCUAGAUAAUGGGUAACAGUGAAUCGUCACCCGAUGAAACCCACGAUAAUUUUCCACGUCACACCACUUCAUAUGUAGGAUAUUCUGUGAACGCUAGUUAUCAAUCUCCAGAACAUGAAAGAAAUUCAUCAACCAGUAGCUAUCAACAUUAUCCACCAUCGUAUGAUGGAGGUUCAAAAAGCACUAACUAUGGGAAUAAGCAACAUUCAUCCUACAUAGCCGAUAACUUCAGCUCUUUGGAAGAGGUUAUCAAUGCUCUAAGAGAAGCGGGCCUCGAAUCAUCCAACUUAAUUAUUGGUAUUGAUUUUACCAAGAGCAAUGAAUGGACAGGAAAGUUGUCAUUCAACAGGAGAAGCCUCCAUGCAAUUGGAAACACGCCCAAUCCAUAUGAGCAAGCCAUUUCUAUCAUUGGACGAACUUUAUCUCCGUUCGAUGAGGACAAUUUAAUACCUUGUUUUGGAUUUGGUGAUGCCACAACACACGAUCAGCAUGUUUUCAGCUUUUAUGCUGAUUAUCGGCCUUGCAAUGGAUUUGAGGAAGUUCUCAGACGAUAUAAAGAAAUUGUUCCAUAUCUGCACUUAUCAGGUCCAACCUCAUUUGCACCAAUAGUUGAUGCUGCAGUUGAAAUCGUGGAAAAAAGCAAUUGGCAGUAUCAUGUCCUCGUUAUCAUUGCAGAUGGACAGGUCACUAGAAGUUCUGAUACACCACCUGGAAGGUUUAGUCAUGAAGAACAAGCAACUAUCAAUUCUAUAGUUGCUGCAAGUGUAUAUCCACUCUCAAUUAUUCUUGUUGGUGUGGGGGACGGACCCUGGGAUGCUAUGCAAGAAUUUGAUGAUAACAUUCCUCAACGUGCAUUUGACAAUUUCCAGUUUGUCAACUUCACUAAAAUCAUGUCUGAACACACGGAUAUGGCCAAGAAAGAAGCAGCUUUUGCACUUGCUGCUCUCAUGGAAAUACCUUUGCAAUAUAAAGCGACAUUAAAGCUACAACCUAAAGAUAAAUAUGAUGUAAGUUCUCCAACAAGGCCACUCCCUCCUCCACGGGAAGUUACAGAUCAUGACAAUGCUAUUAGACCAAUCCCACAUGCACAAAUCUCUGAACAAGUUGAGUCAGGACCAUCAGCCGAGCAAGUAUGCCUAAUCUGCUUAACAAAUCCCAAGGACAUGGCUUUUGGAUGUGGUCAUCUGACAUGCAAGGAUUGUGGUGUUUCGAUAUCAUCAUGCCCUUUGUGCCGUCAGCCCAUAACUACUCGACUAAGACUAUAUUCUUGACUAGGUCGAUGUUGUAGCUUGAAGAUAUAAACAAAGCUCAACCAGUUUAAAUUGAAUCCUAGAUUAAUUUGAAGAGUCGAGCCCAUUUGUGUUAUUGUCAAUGCUAUUUUACUUUAUUAUGUUUAUUCUUAGUUAUACAACAUUGCUGGAGGUCCAUACCUGCAAAGACUGAUAUCAGUUUAAUCCAAGCAAAGAUGUAUGGGUUCAUUGUUAUAUGGGCAUAGGCAAGAUUUGGACCUA